CUAAAUUUGUUUAGUGUUUUUAAUUAUUAGAAAGAGACAUUGUAAUUCACUUAAGAGCAGUAAAACUUAUUAAACUGUAUAGCAUUAUAGGUUGUUCAGUGGAAGUAAUUUCAAAACGUUUCCUAGCAUUUGGCUAGAAAAGUCAUUUUUAUAAUAUCUUUACAGUAGUAUAUUUAAGUAGCUAUCUGAAGUUUGUUACUAUAACAUGAUAUCUUGAUUGAAUACUAUGGCCUGUUUUUAUAUAUUUGAGGCAAAUGUUAAUAUGAUUUUACUGAAAUCUUGUUACUAUAUUGCCUUCCUGAUAAUUAAGUUAAUUGCUCAGAAAUUAUGACUUCUAAUUAUAGUGCAAUUUUCAGUUUGACUCAUAGGAAGAUAAAUUGGACAUUAUUUUCAUUUGAAUCAAGAGACCAAAGGUAGAGAAUUAAAAGGUGCCUUGUUUACUGAUUUGAAAAUAUGCUUUGAAAGUCUUUGAAAUUCAUUUCCUACCAGUUCCCUUCUCUGAUUCUCGUUUUAGGCUCAUUUUCCUUUCAUGAAUACUAAGUUGGAAUUCUGAAAGGUAUUUUAAUUGUGAAAACACAAGUAAAUUGAAGAUGAUUAUAAAACAUAUUCAAAUAGUUCACAUUUUACUUCAUUUUGAUAGACUUCUUAUAUAUUCUACACUUAUAUACUCUGACAUCACUAAUUUUCAACAAUUUUAUAAUGUUUCCUGGGCCUGCUUAUUUAUGGCUUGGUCUUUCAGUCUGUAAUGUCAUUAAGUGAGUUUCCUGAUUAGAUUUUUAAGAUCUGUUUAAUUGCCUGCAUUCUUCCUUCCCUGAUUUCCUAAUUUCCUCCUGAUUCCACUUUCCACAGUGUGGUUCAUAACUCUUAGAGUUCCUGUCAUGCUUUAAAAAAGCUAUAUAGUUAUUUUAAGUGAAUUAUACGGUGCAUUAGCAAAUGACAGGGCUGAUAGUUAUCUUUUGUUAGAUAGUGUUUUCAUAUCACUAGGUUCAGAGUCUACUUUUUGAAUUAUCAACUAGGGUUAAAGUAGGCUGAACUAAGGAUCUGGUUGUUGCAAAAGUCCGUCUGAUGUUUUAGACAGUUUGUGCCUUUGCAGGAUCUUGGUUCUUUACACAGGAAGCCAAAUGGCCCCUUAACUUUUGGCAUUGCUUGGUAAACGGUAGGCAGUCAAUAAACACGUGGAUAAACAUGUUUCCAUCCUGAACAUUUUUAGUAAGAUCAUUGGAAAAGUCAGUUUUUAUUAAAAAAUGUUUAACCUUGAUCAGUAUUCCAAUACAAAGAAUCUCCAGAAAUAACUUAAGAUGGUUAAACUGCAGAAUGGAAGUUGUAAAGACACCUGUUACAAAGAUUUCUUGUCAGUUUUUAUGUUUGCAUCUGCAAAAUCUGCAAAGCUUGAGUUGUUAGCUAAGAUCUGAAAUAGAUCUCCCAUAUGUGAUCAUUGUAUUUGUUGUUUGAUAAAGUGGGGCUCUGAACACAGAAUUCUUGCAGACUUUGUCAGCUCAUAACUUGAAAAGUAGAGGUAAGGAUGUUAUAUGUUAGUAAUAAUUUGCACUGCAGAUUUCCUUGAGUCCAUACCUGGUUUUAAAUUAUUGUUACCAUGGUCAGACAAAUAGUACUUUGACAUAAAAGAAUUUUUUUUUUUUUUUAAAAAAGCCUGGCACAUCCUUGAUGUUUGUUAUUUUUUUGUUUUUAAUCCAAGUAGUACCCAUCUUCCUUAGUCCUAGCUGUAGUAUGAAUAAUAUUUCAUGUAUAGUCUGGCCUAACCUUGGGGUUUACACCAUAGUUAUUGAAGAUAACAUAUUUUUCCUUUACCCACAUGGAUGAGUAAUUCUUGGGGAUUUAUUGAACAAGAGGCUAGAUGUGGAAAGAAGAAAAUUUUUCAGUGUUAGAAACAGAUAUUUAGAAGAUUAUCAUAAAUUCUUAGAAAGUCUUAGAAAGAGGUACCUGAUUCACAUAUCUGUAGUUAAUAUUGAGUGGUGCAUUCAGAUUUUUACUUUUGUCUAUAUUAUUUCCUGUGUUCUGUAGAUAAUACAGGAAAUCAUUUUCUCUUCUGUAACUUUUAAGGAUUCCUUCUGGCUUUCUCCUCCUCUUUGUAUUAAAGGAAAUCUGGUUAAUCUCUCAUAUGUUCACUUCCCUUAUAACUUUUUACAAUGAAGAUUUCUUUUUCCUUGUCUCUCCCUCUCCUCUGUGGCCUUGAACCAAGGUUUCUUCCAAAUCCCUUCCCCUCAGAGUCACUCAGGCUUGUGCUUGAAUCCUGAGUUGUUAAUUCUACCUGUGUUAACUUUCUUUUGAGUUUGUUUUCUCAUCUUCUGAUGGACAAAGUUGUACCUGUCAUGGGGUGGUGUGUUAUUUUCCUAGGGCCGCCGUAACACAUUACCACAUGUCGGCUUAAAACACCACGUUUAUUUUCUCAAAAUUAUGGAGGCCAGAAGUCUGAAAUUAAGGUGUGAGCAGGACAGUCCCUCUGGAGGCUCUGGAGAAAAUCCUCCUUGCGAUUUCCAGCUUCAGCCAACACAUAUCUCUUUAUGGUACAAGCUCGAGGUAUAAUGUUGAGAGAAAAUGUGAAAACAAUAGGUCAUAUGAUCAGGCUGUACACAAAUAAAAACAGUACGCUCAACGGUACAGAUUAUCCUGAAGGCAAUAAUUCAAGUGAUUAUCUUGUUCAAACAACAACGUAUCUUCCGGAAAACUUCACAUACUCACCAUACCUCCCCUGUCCAGAAAAACUGCCUUAUAUGCGAGGAUUCCUCAGUGUCAAUGUAAGCGAAGUCAGUUUUGAUGAAAUUCAUCAACUCUUCUCCAAGGAUUUAGAUAUUGAGCCAGGGGGUCAUUGGAGGCCAAAAGACUGUAAACCCAGAUGGAAGGUGGCAGUUCUUAUUCCCUUCCGUAAUCGCCAUGAACAUCUUCCAAUCUUUUUCUUACAUUUGAUUCCAAUGCUCCAGAAGCAGCGGCUGGAAUUUGCCUUUUAUGUCAUUGAACAGACUGGCACACAACCUUUUAACCGUGCAAUGCUCUUCAAUGUGGGCUUCAAAGAGGCCAUGAAAGACAGUGUCUGGGACUGUGUAAUCUUCCACGAUGUGGAUCAUCUACCUGAAAACGACCGAAACUAUUAUGGAUGUGGAGAAAUGCCACGUCAUUUUGCUGCAAAGCUGGAUAAAUACAUGUAUAUUCUUCCAUAUAAAGAAUUUUUUGGUGGUGUAAGUGGGCUGACAGUGGAACAAUUUAGAAAGAUCAAUGGUUUUCCUAAUGCCUUCUGGGGAUGGGGAGGAGAAGAUGAUGACCUUUGGAACAGAGUUCACUAUGCUGGAUAUAAUGUAACCAGACCAGAGGGAGACUUAGGAAAAUACAAGUCAAUUCCUCAUCACCAUAGAGGUGAAGUCCAGUUUUUAGGACGGUAUAAAUUACUAAGGUAUUCCAAGGAGCGUCAGUACAUCGAUGGGUUGAACAAUUUAAUAUAUAGGCCAAAAAUACUGGUUGAUAGGUUGUAUACAAACAUAUCUGUAAACCUCAUGCCAGAGUUAGCUCCAAUCGAAGACUAUUAAAAGAAAUGGCUGUCGUGGCAAGAUAGACCACAAUGCUGGAUCAUAAACUUGGAGCGCACUCUUAGUGGAGGUCAGCGAUUGGCUGUGUCACAGUGCCCUUUUCCUUGAGAAGAGCCAGCAGUCCUCAAUGUUUACAGAGUGGGACUAUAUACAGUCACCCUUCUCUCACCCGUUCUCCCUGCUCUGAGACACACCCCUAUGGCGAACAUCGCAGAAACUGGAAGCCACUACUUAAGGUUGGAAGUUAAGAGAGCUCCCUAUGAAGAGAAAAAUUUUUAUACUAAAAUCUAUAAUUUAAUUCAAGAGAAUGCUUUUAUUUCCGUUUAAACAUAUUUUGUAUAUAUGUGAUAUAAAUUAAUGUGUGCAAAUUGUUGAAAAAUUAGAUGUGUUGCAGUUUUGCAUGUAAUCGGUUAUACCUUUAUUGGACUUUUAUAGACAUUUUUUAUUUGCAUGAAAAAAAAACUCACUAAAUUUAUGUCACUAAACAAAGGUUAACCCUUGUGUGAAAUGAAGGAACUGUCAAUAAUUGACAGCCAACUAAUACAGUAAACUGUUAUACUAGUUUUGAGCUUUAGACCUCAGCCUUUUGUGUGGAAGAAGUCACAGCUUUCUUAGGCUUUAAAGGGAAAGAAGAAAGGACUUAAACAGCUUUUCUUCCUACCGGGAUUACCUAUGUUUUUCCUUGCUUGCAAUUUCAUCUGAUUUUGCUAGAAAUCACAACCAUAUUGUUUAUGCAUAUUGCAUGAGUAUUACCAAGAAAAUCUUAAAAGUUGUGGUGUGACAUGAUAUAAAGGACCUCUUUAUGUUAAAUGUCUUUCAUGUAUCUCUGGUGUGUCAGGGAUUUUGUGCCUCAAAAAAUGUUUCCAAGGUUGUGUGUUUAUACUCUGUAUUUUUUUUUAAUUCACAGUGAACAGCACUUUUAUUAUUUCCAGUUCAGAAGAGCCAAAAAAAAGUAUCUUCAUUUAAAAAGAAAUCAAGUCAGUUUUUUUAAAAGAAUGAUCUAUGGAAGAAAACCCAAUAGUGCUUAUAAUAUACAAAUGAAUUAUACUAUUAGAUAAGAAUUAAAUAUUCUAUUUUUAUGAAGAUAAAUACUUAGUAGAUAAAAACAAAUUUUAAGUUUAGUUCUCAGACAGAAUUUCACUUUUGGAGGGGACCCUUGAAUGUUAGUUUCAUUCAAAUUAUAUUUUGUUUUUUUCACUUUUAAGAGAUUAUAUCUCUGGUAUUAAUUACUAAAAUUUUCUUUCUGAAAGUAUAAUUUAAUAGAAUUAUCUUAAAAUACAUGAUCAGUUAUUCAGUGUGCUGAUACUAUUAUGUCUUCUAUUUGUAGUAUCUAAAAAGUAUAAUUUAAUAGAAUUAUCUUAAAAUACAUGAUGAGUUAUUCAGUGCACUGAUGCUAUAAUGUCUUCUAUAUGUAGUAUCUUAUAUGUUUGCAUGACUGUCAGGGCUUUGUCCAGUUAUCUUCAUAUGACUGUUCUCUGAAAAAAGGUCUUACUACCUGAUAUCAAGUACAUAUCUUAAUUUUGGAUGAACUUUUCCACAGUAAAGCCAAACGGUAUUUUUUUUUUUAAUUAGCAAUUGUAAAGAUUCUUUAAAAUAUCUUGAUAUUUUCACAGAUUUUAAACAAAAAAUUAAAUAUCUAUAAAAUGAAUCUUCAACAACAAUGAUGAACAAUAAAAAUCUAUAUAUGAGAGACGUUUGGAUAAUAUUUGUUUGCCUCAAGGAUUGUUUACCUAAAACAGAACUAUGGUAUUUAUCUCAGAUUGUAAGUUUUAUUUUAAAGUGUCAUUUUUAUGGCAAUAUUGAUAACACAAAUGACCACAAACUAAAUCAUAAAAUAAUUGAAUUCUUACACUUUGAGAAAAUGGAUAGUUAUAAUACCAAACAAAAUAUUUUCAUAUCUCUUAGAGCUAUUUCCAAAAUAUUUAUAUUUCAGGUUUUUUUGUGGUAGUCAAAAUAAUGAAAAAUCAAACCUUCUGAAAAUUACGAUAUUUGUACUUAAUUUGUGUAUCAGUUCAUUUUCUGUUUCUAUUACAUAGUUUUUAAAGUCAAUGAAAGAUUGAGAAUGUUAACAUUUGUUGAUCAAUGUGGAGCUGUCCACAUUCGGUAUCUUUUCAUUUUUAUAUAUAUUUUACAGUUUCAAGAAAACUUAGUACUACUAGUAUCUGCCUUAUUUUCUUAAGUCUGACGUUAAUUUUUGUUUCAGGAGUGAGAUAUAAACACUUUUCUUUUUUUCCGUUUUGAAUAUGGUUUUUCAUCUCGUGAAAACCACCUAAUUAGUUUGCUUUUUGUUUGUUUGGUUUGCUUUUUUAGUGUAGACCUAAAAUUACUUCUGCCUAUAAACGGUGACCUUAAUAUGUUUCUGUAAGUGACAGAACUGUGCCCAUUUAUCUUCAUUAUAUGACAAUAAAUUAUUACAUAAAGAUUAACAAAUAUAUUGCAAAUGCAAAUUAUCUUCUUUAUAGUAUGUUUGGAGGAUUUAUUAAUGAGCAUAUAUUGAUUGCCUAUUCCAUAUCCAGUGCGAUGCUAGGUAUGUCUAUGGAAAGAGUAUUAUUACUUCAUUUCUAAACAAAUGAAGUCAAGCAAAUUGAGAUCUUUCUGAAAUUGUGAAGACAUCCUCUGAUAACUUAUCUGUUGUAUUUCCUAGUGUCAAAGUCAAGAAACCCGUAUAUGUGGACUUAGGGCUACUAGGAGGUCCCUGUGGCACUAACUGGGAAAAUUACAUGGUGCUUUUCAACUACAGAAAGAAGUAAUGACUAAUGGGCCUGUCUGUAGAGAAGAAAAGGAAAAGAGUACACAUUUGCUGUAACAUGAUAUCUAAUUCACAGUGGAGAUAGUUAAUUUUUUGCCAAAACUAGGGUUUUAUGAGUAUUUUUUAAAUCUACAUUUAAGUUUUUGUUCUUGUGAAAAGGUAUUCAGUAACAAAACUUUAUAAUAUUAAGUAGAUACAGUUAUGUAUUAAAAACUUCCUUAUAUACCCUUUUGCCAGCCAAGAUACUGAUACCUGUUUUAAAACAAAGUGGAAAAAUGUCCAAUACAAUAUUCUCUUUCUGGAGGCUUCCUACAAGUGAAAGCAGAUUUUGUCAUUUUAUUUGGCCUUUGCUUGUCUUUGAUAUAUUUCUUUAUGUGUUUUUCAAAUAAAUACUAUUCUCGAUUUAUUGUCUUGGAUUUGCAAGUAUGCCAGUUGAGAGAACUAAAAUGGUCGUAGUACUGUUUAUCAGAAAGAGGAAGUGUACUUAAGAUUAUUUUAUUUAUUUAGAUGAAAGGCUUCUACAUAAAUGCACUGAAAUACAUGCUAGUAAUUUCUUGUAUCCCACUUUUCUUCUUUUUUUGCUUCUCAUGGAAAUGUUUGUACUUUUUUAUCAUUGUCUUUUAUGAAAUAUAAUGUUCUAAAGACUU